AUUGGCUAGCAGUGUGUCAAACGGCAUCAUAAAAAUAAGCUUUUUUUGAUGGUUAUUAGGCUAAGCAUAAUUGGUUUUGGUAACACAGUAAAAUUAUGAGACACACCAUUUAAUUUAGCAGGAAGCCAUUGCAAGGGCUACUUUAAGAAUAUUUUUUACAUACUUUCAAGAAAGACACCAACUAUGUCUUUGGAGGACUCCUUAAUAUUAAACCCCGAGAACAUAUUGAUGUUUAACUUGUCGCGAGCAUCCGGUAUCGAGACAGGGGUCCAGGAGCCCUACAUUUGGCUGCCCGGUAUCGUUAUCGCCACCGUCUACGGACUUCUAAUCAUUAUUGGAAUUAUCGGUAACGUCACGCUCAUGAGAACGUUUAUAGCCGUUAAAUCCAUGCGGACGGUGCCCAACCUAUUCAUGUCCAGCCUCGCGCUCGGUGACCUUCUGCUGCUUGUCACGUGCGCUCCGGUGGACGCAAGUCGGUACCUCGCUGACGAGUGGCUCUUCGGUCGGGUGGGAUGUAAACUCAUCCCUUUCAUCCAACUCACCUCCGUCGGGGUUUCUGUUUUCACACUCACUGCGCUCUCUGCAGAUAGGUACAAGGCCAUUGUCAAACCCAUGGACAUUCAGAGGUCCACAGCUAAGAUCUCCUUCCGAGCAGCAGCCAUCUGGCUGUUCUCCAUGACCCUGGCCAUUCCUGAGGCGAUCUUCUCCGAUCUUCACACCUUUAACAUCGGCCAGACCAAUGACACCUUUGUGACAUGUGCCCCCUACCCCAACGCCGGGGAACUGCACCCUAAGAUCCACUCCAUUGCCUUCUUCCUCAUCUUCUACAUCAUUCCACUCAUCAUUAUCUCUGUGUACUACUGCCUCAUCGCAUGCAGUCUGAUCCGGAGCGCCUCAGACAUACCCGUGGAGGCACACUUACAUAUCCAGAAACAGAUUGAGUCUAGGAAACGUCUGGCUAAGACAGUGCUGGUGUUUGUGGUUCUGUUCGCUGUGUGCUGGCUCCCAAGUCACGUGAUCUACCUGUACCGCUCCUACCACUACGGCCAGGUGGACACAUCCCUGGGUCACUUCAUUGCCAGUGUGUGUGCCCGCGUCCUGGCCUUCAUCAACUCCUGCAUCAACCCUUUCGCCCUCUACCUGCUCAGCAACAGCUUCCACAAGCAGUUCAACAAGCAGCUCCGCUGCUGCCGCCACCCACAAAUCAGGUGUAACGCUCAGGGCACGAGGCGGAUCAACAUGCGACUGACUUCGGUCAAGAGCACCAAUCACUCACUGGAUAACUUCAGCCAUGGGGCUCAUGUUUGUCAGGAAGGCUGUGUGUAGCGACAAUGCUCCAGACUUGUAAAUGUCCCAUUCCAACACUGACACACUGCUAGCAACAUAAUUUAUGACUGUAACCCAUAUAGUGGGUCUGUGUUGUAUAUCCCAGUGUUGAUAUUGAAGCAUCAUACAUCAUUCUAAUUCUAUGGUUGAUAUGUUGGUCUAUAUGCAUCCAAUGAUCCAUGAUUGAUACAAAUCCGUGUUUUAUUUUAAAUUUAGAAUGUAUCAUCUAAACAGCUUCCACGUAUGUAAACCAAUGUGGCAGAACUGGACUCUGGCCUCUGGAGAUGCAGUUCUAUUCUGGUUACUCAUUUGAACCAAAUUGAUCCAUGACAACCCAACCAGGUGUAAAUGAUGAGUUGGUAAUGACGUGUGAGAGAAACAGACACCUACAGUAUGAAUGUACAGUGCCACCUACAGUGCCAACUGCCAAUGUGUACACACUUCGACCCCUAAAGGACAGUUCUGUAGGGAUAACUCCAGCUGAUGUAAAAGACCAACAACUUUGGUGAUUUGAUAGAUACUGUAGCCGACAUAAAAGGAUCAAUUUCCUCAAGAACAGUUGCCCAGGAGUAGUCACCGCUGCCUCAAAGGCCUAGAAAUGUUCUAUCUACAUACCCAUAUACAUCUCAACACAUAGACAUAUCAGCAUUGGUGGAAGAUGAGAUGUAAAUAUCUGUAUAAAGUUCAUUGUACACAUCAGAGUACAGUAUCUGUUUGGGUCGAAUGUUAAAAUGGCCAAAUACACUAUUUACCAUUCAUUUCUAUUGUGCACAACAUAAUCCGAAACGCAAGAAAAACAAACUGCAAAUGCGUCUAACAAGUUUGUAGUCACAAGCUUGAUGUAGUUCAUUGUGUGCUAGGAAUAUUGGACCAAAGACUAAAUGUAAUACACUAUAAGUGCAAUUGCCCAAAUACUUAUGAUACCCUCUAAUGGGGGGACUAGAAACACAAGUACUUUCAUUUCUAAACAGUAAAACAGAUAUGCAUGAAAGUACCCUCAAAUAAAAGAUGACAUUCUGUACUGUCGCCUCAUAUAAAAUAUUUGAUCUAAAAUCCAAAAUGCUGGAGUAUAGAGCCAAAUGAAACGUUUCAGCUUCGCUGUCCAAAUAAAUAUGUAGGGGAGUAUGUGUCCAAGAAAAGUUCUAUGUUGUCCAAAGUGAUACAUGUGUUUCUCAGUGUUUGAUAAACAUAAAAAGUAAUUAUCCAUGGAUUAAUGGAUGUUGUUGUUGUUUGAGCAUUUUCUGUCCUCUCAAAUGGCCUAAUUUGUUUCUUUAUAGAACAUGUUUAUGUGCUGUCUCAUUCAAUGCCAAAGUUUUUAUUGUGUUACAAUUAAGUGGCUAUAUUUUUUGUCAGUAAAAUUGUUUUUCAUUGUAUAUUAUGAUGUUUAUUGUUGAUUAAAGGAUUUA